GUAUACGAACGCGACCGACCUCGGCUGGGCGAGCGGCAAGCGCGUGCUGGUUGUGGGGUGGGGUAACAGCGGCUCGGAGAUCGCGCUCGACUUGGUCGAGCACGGCGCGAGGCCCACCCUGCUCGCGCGCAGCCCGCAGGUGGUCGUGCCGCGAGACCACCUGCAGGCGGGCUACGGCGAGGCGCACGAGCUGAUGGCGGCGUGGGCGAGGAGGGAGGAGCCGUCGCGGCUGCUGCAGUACGAGAGCUGCGGCGGCCUCGCGCCCACGGACAUCCUCUGCCCGAUGUACCCCACCGUGGAGCAGUACCGCCGUAUGGACACCCUGCCCGGCCAGCUCGGCUCCUCGUCGGUCAACGGGAACGGCUCGCCCACGCGCACGUGGCCCGCGCGCGCCGACGGGCCGCUCAUCCCUUGCGAGUUUGCGCACGCGAUGGGCAACUCGACGGGCAACUUCGCCGAGUGGUGGGAGGAGUUCCGCCGCGCGUCGCACGGGCAGGGCGGCUUCGUGUGGGACUGGAUCGACCAGGGGCUUGCGCGCGUCGACGCGGCGACCGCGGAGCACCGCGGGGACGGCGUCGACCGGCGUAACGCCCACCACGAGCGAUCGGCCCGCGAGAGGAGCGAGCGCGAGGCGGGAAUGAGGGCGUUCGAGCCGCCGCCGGACGAGGAGGGGGCGGUGGAGCACCUGAGCGCGUCCGUCGUGCUCGCGGCGGUGGAGGAGAGCGGGCCCAACUACCUGCUGCCGAAGGCGCCGGAGCCGGUCAAGUCGCGCCGGAAGCGGCUCAUGGUGGACGAGGCAGCAAGGCAGGCGGGUCAGGCGAUCCUCGAGACGGGCACGCGAGUCGAGAUCUUCGCGGAGGAUUCGGGGGAGGAGAGGUGGUGGCCGGGGACCAUCAUGGAGCGGACGGAGGACACCGACGGCCGGCUCGUGCACCGCGUCCAGUACACCAACUUCGAGGGCGACCGGUACUGGCACGUGCUCGACGACGAGCAGUGGCGCAGGGUGGCGGACACGGGGCCAGAGCUAGAGCACGCCCGCGCUGGCGCUGGCGACGCGGCACUCCGCGACGGCGCGAGCUUGGCGGCCUCCAGACCAACAAGGUGGGACAACGCCCGGGGGGAGACGGCCGGCGGGGCGAGCGAGACGACCGGCGGGGCGGGCUCCGCCGAGACGACCGGCCAGGCGGGCUCCGCCCCUGACCUCAACUGGCCGGGGCGGAGGAGGGUGCGGCGCAGCGCCGCCAUGGAGCUGCUUCGCACGCGGGACGAGGCCGAGCAGCGCGAGGCCAGGCGGCCCGACGUCGCGCCGAUGCUGACGCCACACAGCGCCACGCUGUCGCGUCAUCUCGUGUGGGUGCGUCGCCUGCUGAGGGAGUACCUCGCAGAGCUGGCGGAGGACGGCCUGUCGGUGCCGAUGCAGCGCACUUCCCGCGGCCUUCACCCGACCAUGCGGUGGACGGUCGAGUUCGGCAAGUGGCUGGCCACGUAUUUCACAGCAAGCUCAUUCACAAUCUGCUCUGCGAUGGCCGUGUGA